AAAGUAAUGUUCAGAAGAAAUGCAUUUAAUUUUGAGGAUAGAUGUGAAGAACCGGAAGUACUGCAAGAGGUGUCGUUUGGCUAAAUGUUUUGCCGCAGGAAUGAAAAGAGACAAUAUACUGACUGAUGAGGAGAAACAGAAAAGGAUUCAUAAAAUUGAGGAAAAUCGACAAAAACGUCAGAAACGGAAGGAAGAGAUCGAGGCUCUGAAAGCGUCACUCGAUUCCUGUGCCGACACGACCACCACAUCCAUGGAAGUGAUGAAGAAGAUUGAGAUAAUGUCUACCGAUUACGAGCGCCUGAAAGCCCGUCUCUUGGAGCUGGAGUCCUAUGCGAUGAUUAAGCGCUGGAACGACAUCUCGUAUGAUGUCUACCAGAAGGUAGUGGAACUGGAGUUCACAGCCAUCCCUAUCGCGCGACCACUUCACGAACGGCUCAUGCAUUUCAAUGAACUCGAAUUCAAUCGCUUCAAAGAGGUGUUGGAGGCGACAAAACUGAUGGCCGUAACGCCGGCGCCCAUCACCAUCCAGUGCCAGAUGAAUGUGAUCCAUGAGUUCAAUGAGGGCUUCCAAUGCGCCCGAAAUAUAAGCAGAAUAAUGGCUAUAUUUGUGGAGCGGAUCACUAAGUGUAUUGUGAAGAUGUCUAAGAAUUUGGAGGCAUUUAAUAGCAUUUGCGAGAAUGACCAAAUUAUCCUGAUCAAAUACGCCUCGUUUGAGAUUUGUGUGAUCCGUGCUAUUCUUUGCUUCAACUUUGAGCACCAGUAUUGGAAUCUGAUCAUGGAUGACGAGCGCUCUGUUGUAAUGAAAUUGGAUUUAUUGAAGAAAGACAAACGAAAUAUUCACGAAAACCAUAAAAAUAUUUUGGAUAAAAUGGGCAAAGAAUGGGAAUCAGACACCAACUUAAUUGAUUUGCUGACAGCAAUCAUACUAUUUAACCCUGAUCGUCCAGAACUAAUUCAUUGCGAACUUAUCAGGUUACAGCAACACAUUUACAUUCAUUUGCUUCAAAGAUAUUUAUUGAUUAAAAUGGGUUCAGAUUGCGAGGCAAAGACAAAGUUCUUGAGAAUAAUGAGCUGUUUAUCGGAAUUACAUAUUUUGAAGGAGAAGAUGACCAGCAAUUGGUUGGACGACCGGACGAAGUUUAUGUUCAGAAGGAAUGCUCACAAUUACGAGAAAUAUAGGUGUAGUUUCAGAGGCAACUGUCGUAUCGAUAAAAAGAGCAGAAAAUUAUGCAAAAAGUGUCGUUUGAAUAAAUGUUUUGCCGUCGGAAUGAAAAAAGAGAGUAUAAUGAGUAGCGAACAGAAACAGAGAAGACUUCAUAAAAUAGAGUCAAAUCGUAUGAAGAAAGGAUUGAUGCCAUCCUCAACCACGACAGUCGAGUCCACAACCAGUGAUACUCAGAGCUCAACCAAUACAUCAAAGUCAGUGUCAGUUCUUAAGAAAUUUGAUCACUUGGAGAGUGAUUACGAGAAAAUAAAGGCUCGACUCAUGGAGUUAGAGAUUAUUGUCAAGAAUAGUCAUCCCAUUAAUAGUCAAAAUAGUAACAUAAAUAUGAACACAAAUUACAAUAAUUUAAAUGAAUACCAAAGGGAACACCAAUCUGUAUAUCAGAAGGCACUGGAACUUGAAUUCUCAUUCAUACCGAUAGGCCGUCCACUUCAUGAACAGGACUCGGGUUUUAGUGAUAUAGAGUUGAGUCGAUUGAGGGAUGUGUUGAACGCGACAAAUGUGAUGCAAAGCAACCAAAUGAACACAAUUACGAUUGAGUGUCAAAAUGAACUCAUUAUGGACUUCAAUAACGGCAGACAGUGUUCGCUGAAUACCACCAAAAUU